GCUCUGUCGGAUCGAAUUUCACUUCCUGUUCCGCAGGUAUCGGGCGCACCUGCUGUGAGAGGAGGACGUCAUUCGCCUUCUUCAAGGUUUUACGAAAAUUUCUUUUUUUUCAGUUCAGUUUUCAGUUUUUUGUCAUUUCCGUUGGAGGAAUUUUGUGGAGAGAGAGUUCUUGAAGUGAAGAAAUACUUCAGGAGAGAAGUCUGAAGCUGAAUUGAACCGAGUACUCAAAGUGGAGAAGAGAGAUUAUUUCACAAGAUGAUGAUGAAGAAGUUGAUGAUGAUGCCUCCCUAUCGGAUCUCUUUGUUAGUUCUCACCAUAUCGCUGCUGCAAACUCUUCUGCUGGCCCAGAUCCCCUCAGAACAAUGCUUAAACAAGUUUACGAAAGGAAAGGAUGACUUCAUUUUAGACACAGAUGAAUCAGUGAAUGAUGGCGCUCAGUUCCUCGGAUCUCCACAGGUCACUGGAGUCAAAGAGUGUGUGGCUGCAUGCUGUAAAGAGUCCAACUGUAACCUGGCCUUAAUGGAAAAUGGAGCUCAGGAGGGGACCAUCAAGUCCUGCUUCCUCUUCAACUGUCUGUAUAAGCAGAAGAAAGUGUGCCGCUUUGUCAGAAAGAAGGGUUUCAGCAACUUUGUCCUGAGUUCUGUUUUUGGCAGCUACCUGGAAGAGUAUGAUCCAGAUAAGAAGGAUCACCCUCCUAGAGCAAUAGCCGGACAGGACAGAGUGGUGCAGCCUCAUGACGUUGUGAUGCUCAAUGGCAUUGAGAGCAAGGAUGACCAUGAAAUUGUUCAGUACCAGUGGGUGCAGAUGUCUGGAAGCCCCACAGCUGUCAUGGAGAAAACCACUUUUAAAGAUGAAGUGAGGGUGUCCGGCCUGUCUCCUGGAGUAUAUAAGUUCAGGCUGACUGUCACAGACAACGCUGGCCAGUCUGACUCAGCAGAGGUCACUGUCUUGGUCCUCACACCUGAGCAGUCACACCACCACUGUCUGGUGCCUAAGAAGGUAGGACCAUGCCGUGGUUCCUUCCCUCGCUGGCACUACAAUGCGUUGUCGGAGCAGUGUGAGAAAUUCACCUUUGGUGGCUGCAGUCCAAACCGCAAUAACUAUCUGUCUGAGCAGGAAUGUAUUGAAGCCUGUGAUCAAGUUUCAGUAAAAACAUUUCCCUCACCAGGAAGACAUGGUCCAAUUGAACUUCCAAAAGAGGAAUGUGGCAUGUCAUGUGGACCAGAGAAGUUUACCUGUGCUAAUGGAUGUUGCAUAGAUAAAGUGCUCGAAUGUGAUCAGAUGAAGCAAUGUAGCGAUGGCUCAGAUGAAGAUCAGUGUGCCAAUAUGGACUCAAACUUUCACAGAUUGCUUGACAUAGAUGAAGAUGAGGACAAAGGCAUGGCAGCCAGCCAUUGCACACAACCUCCUGUCACAGGACCCUGCCGGGACAGCAGUACCAAGUGGUAUUACAAUCCAUAUGAUCAGAAAUGCAUUCGCUUCAACUAUGGUGGCUGCCAGGGCAACGAUAACCAAUUUAAUUCUGAGCAGGACUGCAUGAAAUUGUGCAGUAAAGUGACUGAAAAAGAUGCUUUCGCCAAACGGGCAGUCUUUGAGAAGCAGACACAAGACAGUCAAUCAGUUGCCAUUGCCAUUGCUGUCGCACUGGGCUUGGCCAUCCUGAUCUUGCUGGCUGUGAUUGGUUACUGGAUCCUGAAGGAGAAGAAGAAGAAGCAGCAGCCAAGGCGCCAGCACAUUUCUGCUAACGGUGCACACCUACUCACUAUAGAGGACACAGAGAAACUUGUCUACAAUAGCACCACCAAACCCAUCUGAUUCCCACCUUCUUUGUCCGUCUAUAGCAGUCCUUCUGUAUUCCAACACAGUAUGCUUUUUCUGCUGUAAAACACCCAAAUCUGCUCAAUCAGAGUUUGAUGAUUAGCUGAUGAUAUAGGUAACAUUUAGAAUGCUACAUUUAGAAUGCCCAAAAUAUGGGAAUUGCUGUAUAUAUCAACUUGAAAAGAUUUUCUGGUAGACCUCUGUAUAGGAAUUAUGUUGGAAUUUUUGAAGCUUCCUGACAGCUCCAAUGUCUUUAACCAAACAACUGCAACUGCCUACAUAAGCAUGCUAAGUCUCCUUAAAAAUAGGUUUUUAAAAGGUUUUAAAUAAGAGUUUGACUUGAGAAGGGAUUAUAGUGGAUUACCACCCACUUCAGGUUUACUGAAGAUUAGAAAGAAAUGCAGUAAUAUUUUACAUAAACACAGAAAAAAGCUAAUGGUAGCUAAUAUUAGAUAAGAACUACCACUGCCAUAUUUAUCUAGUAAAUGAAAUAGCAAUGUGUAAACACUUUCAAGUCAGGAUAACAGGAAGUUUUCCGAUCCCCCUGAUUUUUCUCACAUGAAGUGAAUGCUGGGAAAAUUACAAAACUGUGCAAAACAUGGUGACCCCGAGACUGGAAUUAAGAACCACUGCUCUUCCCCAUUACUGGAAACGCAUUGUUUAGUGUUGUCCCUACCCUAACACAGCAGAUUCGGAUUGUCCGCUAAUCGCCGAGACCUUCAGCAAAUGAAUCAGACAAACUAGGGAAGACGUGAGCACGUGCAGGCAGGACUGAGACUGGGACCACUCCUCUGAACUUGUACACCAGUAACAAACUCUUGCGAAAGCUUGUGGAUGCUUUUAAAUGACGAUUUUUUUUUUUUAAAUAGUUUAUUUUAUUUGGCAGUCCGCUUGGUUUGAACAAGGUGUGUCUUGAGGAGGUAAGGUGAUUGUUACAACCUUCAUUAUUAAUUUUUUUUUGUUUGCUAACUAUAUUCUGUACAUUAAAAUUGUGUUGAUUUAUUAUAUGUACUGCAUUAUACUGUUUUUUAAUAUUGUUUUUUUAAUCAGUAUCUCUGUACUCAGGGUUUAACGUUAUAAUUUAAAUGUUCAGAUCUGCUUUGACAUGAGAAUCGGUUUGUCAGUCCUAGACUAAAACUAUUCCAAAAAGUUUAUAUUCCACAAGAUUUGGCCUUGCAAACUGUUCCACUGUGUUUUUGAGGUGGAUGCACAAUUUAAUCAUGUAGUUGAUUCUGACUACGUGGUAACAUUUUAUUGUUAUUUUUGCGAGUUUUAGAUUCAGUUUUUCAUGGUGGCUUGUACAUACCACUGUAGUUCUAAGUUAAAGGAAAAUGAUUUAAGGAAAAUUUAAAUCAUUUCCAUAAACCAGAUUUUAAUAGUUUAAGCUAAAACAAUCAUAUGUGAACUUCUUGCUCACUUCUUUUUGUAAAUAUAUAUAUACAUAACAUUUUGAACAAGUUUGUCCAUCUGGUUUUAAAGAUUCAAUAAAAUAUACUAUAAUGUAUAUUGUGACUUUGUGAUUGAUUGGUAGGGAAUGAUUACUCAGGAGGCAGGCUGAAGAGUGAGAGAUGCAGAUUUCAUCCUCAAACUGUGUUUUUCAGCCCAACUCUUACCACCAGUGGAUAUUCCAUUUUCAGCUUGGCCAACAGCUUGGGGUGGAACUACAUUAAUAACAUGUAACAAUUAAAAUAAUAAUAGCUAAUAUGACAAUAAUAGCCUCAAACAAAACUAAGUCCAGAGGCUAUCGUGCUUGACUUAUGCUAUAGGCUAUUACCUAGUGAAUUUUAGAGUAAUCCCGCUAUAGGCACUUAAGAGUCAACAACAUAGUCAUCCGGCAUACAGUCUAGCAGCUCAUUUUGAGUGGUAGAUUAGGUUUAGAUAUACCUUUGUUCAACUGUAUUCAAAAAACUCUCCAUCAGCUAAUAGCAUUAAGAAGGGUUGCCUGGUCUCAUCAAAAUUUCCAGCCCAACUGCAUCUCAAAAACCACAUAAAAGACGUGAAAUUAGCCCAGAAAAUUGGGCAUUGGAAAAGUGAGAUAUUUUUCUUCUUUUUCUCAGCCUUUGCAUGCGAAAUAAGGUCAUUCUGAUGUACAAACAUUAUCCACUGCAUUAUCCCCCUUUCCCAAUCUUUGCAAAAUAUUUUACAAUAAAAAUAUUUUACACUUUG